ACUAUAGUCCAAGCUUUGCUCCGACUCCCUUCCCCCACUGUUGUGUUGAUCGGCGGAUGAAGCUGAAGCUGAUACCUUCCAUCUCCAAGCCUUGAUUGCUUCAGCUGCGACUCCUUCUGAUCUUGGACUGCAGCUUCUUCCGCCUCUGCUGCCCCUCUGGUACUCCCCAGCUGCAGUGAAAAGAGGAUUUGGAAUUUUCAAGUAUCACAAAUGUCGACAUCUUAUCUCCCAGCAACAACUGAAUCGAUUACCCAGGCUGCAGAAGCCAAAACUCCAUCCGAGGCCAUCUCUAUCCUAUAUCGAGUUCUGGAAAACCCCUCUUCAUCGCCUGAAGCCUUGAGGAUAAAAGAGCAGGCCAUCACUAAUCUGUCAGAUCUUCUAAGACAGGAGAACAGGGCAGAGGAUCUCCGUACCCUCCUUACCCAGCUAAGGCCCUACUUUUCCUUGAUUCCUAAAGCGAAAACUGCAAAGAUCGUCCGAGGAAUAAUCGAUGCUGUGGCUAAGAUACCAGGGACAUCCGAUCUACAGAUUUCUCUAUGCAAGGAGAUGGUUCAAUGGACCCGAGCCGAGAAGCGGACUUUUCUCCGGCAGAGGGUGGAAGCAAGGCUUGCCGCUCUUCUGAUGGAGAGCAAGGAGUAUGCAGAAGCAUUGAAUCUUCUUUCAGGCCUGAUCAAGGAAGUGAGAAGGCUGGACGAUAAGCUUCUCCUUGUGGACAUAAACUUGCUGGAGAGUAAGCUUCAUUUCUCUCUGAGGAAUCUCCCCAAAGCUAAGGCUGCUCUCACAGCAGCAAGAACUGCUGCCAAUGCGAUUUAUGUGCCUCCUGCUCAGCAGGGCACCAUAGAUUUGCAGAGUGGGAUCCUCCAUGCUGAGGAGAAGGAUUACAAGACAGCUUACAGUUACUUCUUUGAGGCAUUUGAGGCUUUCAAUGCCCUCGAAGAUCCGAGGGCAGUGUUCAGCCUCAAGUACAUGCUGCUGUGCAAGAUUAUGGUGAAUCAGGCCGAUGACGUGGCAAGUGUGAUAUCAUCCAAGGCUGGGUUACAAUAUGUAGGGCCUGAUCUUGAUGCAAUGAAAGCUGUAGCCGAUGCUCACGCGAAACGCUCCCUGAAGCUCUUUGAGACCGCUCUUCGGGAUUUCAAAGCCCAACUGGAGGAUGACCCUAUUGUCCAUAGGCACCUCUCUGCCCUUUAUGAUACUUUACUGGAGCAGAACCUUUGCAGGUUGAUUGAGCCUUUCUCUCGGGUUGAGAUCUCUCAUAUUGCAGAGCUGAUUGAGCUCCCGGUAGAUCACGUCGAGAAGAAGCUCUCCCAGAUGAUUCUCGACAAGAAGUUUGCGGGGACUCUUGAUCAGGGAGCUGGGUGCCUCAUCAUCUUCGAUGAUCCCAAGACCGACACUCUCUACCCGGCGACACUGGAAACGAUCUCUAAUAUUGGUAAGGUGGUGGACAGCCUCUAUGUGCGAUCUGCCAAGAUAAUGGUAUGAGGUCCUUAAGUGGAGGAGCAGGCUGGUCACCAGAGCAUCAGGCCUUGUUUGUUCUCGGGCUAGUAUUAAGUGCACAUUUCGCAGUUUGUUGAUGUGUUUCUGUUGAAGUUGCGAUAAUCACACACAGUUUGCUCUUCUUUUGUUGGCUUUUGACUUGGCUGAAUACUAAUUAUUGGACCAGAGUAGGUCAGUCUUCGUCCGGGUUAAACUGUCAUAGAACUUACAUUUUCGUUCAUUUUAAAAGAGUUGUCGUUUUAUGAGUUUU